AUGCGCGAACUUAUUGAAGUCCGAAAGAGAGUCUUCUCUACCAUUGAGGACACGUCGCUGCAGACAGUAGUGAACUCGCGUGGCCUUCAGCUGAACUCGCACGAUGACACGGUGGAUGUGUCGACGGCACACAAGGUGAUGCAGAUUCGUCACUUCGCUGAUGCAAGCUCGGCCACUGCUCGUUUGCUGCCUGGAAAUGUAUCUGUCAAGCACGGCAGUGAUGUCGUAGAAACGCUAGUGGAUCUGUCGAAGGAACUAUCCGGAAGCAUGUUUGUGCGUCUUGCAGGUGGCUCCUAUCUGGUUGAUCCUGUGCGUCCAGUAACAUCGACGCAGUUUUUCAUCGAUCGCCCCUUUGCAGGCUCCUCUCACGAUGACUUACCCAUAUCAGUGGACGGAAUUGGCGCAGGUAUUCUACUGGAAGUGCGAGGCACGAACGUUAGUACUGGUGCGAGUGUUGAUGUUAUCGCCACGAAGGUGGGGGAAGUCGUUGCAGCGGAUGUUGUACUGUCAACAACAGCGAGCGGUCUGUCAGCAGGUCGGGUGAAGAUAAACCAAAAUGGUAUUCAGUUCCUCGGAGACACAAGUGUCAUAUCAUCCGAAGUAGCUUCUAUCAGCCUCCAACCAGCGAAAGAAUUGACGUUGGUUUCAGGCUCGCUCGACAACCAACCUGGUUCUAUUGUAGCAAUUCGCUCGGGGGCAUCCAAUUGGCAACGGGGAGGGAAUAUCAACGUGGAAACUGGGCAAAGCAAGCAAGGUGCUGAAUCCGGGUCGCUACGAUUUCAUACGUCAGAUGGUAUUGCUACUCAUGCCUCAUCUGGGUCCGUUGAAGUCGGUUCUGGUGCCGGCAACGCUGGUCCUUCGGGGGCCAUUACUCUUUCAAGCGGUGUGGCACAUAAUGGUGAAUCAGGCCAUAUUCAUCUUUCGACCGGAUCAGCUGGUACGGCAUGCUCAGGAGGUAUUACUCUUGAGACUUCGCCAUCAACGGGUGGAGGCGGCGGCUCGAUUCUGGUUGCUGUCAGUAACGGAGAUGUCGGGAAAGGAGGCUUCGUUCAGGUUCAGCUCCUCGUUUAG